CGUUGUUAGAUCGUCAGGCAGUGCGCUGGCGUAGCGCAAUAGUGUCUCAUCACAACAAGAAAUUUAAAAACUUGUAAUGAAAACGCUGAAGAGCGAAGAGACACGAUACAGCUUUAACCUGUACCUGUGAUGUGUGGACGAGGGACAUUUGUAUAUCAUUACACCUGCUUCCGUGUUCUUAUCAGUGUCAUAAUCGCGAUAUUUUAGAGACUGUUUUGAUUCAAAUUAUACAACCAGCGUUAACAGUUGUAGGCAUAGAGUAGUGUAAACUACUGGUCUGUCUCCCCCCUGAAAGGCUAGCUAACAUCAUUCGUUUUAUAAGUCGGAUGGUAGGCAAUGGCUGUUAAACAUAGCUGGGAAACUUUCUAUGCUGUCAUUUUUAAGUAACUCAGCCAGCUACAGUUCAUUAAAGUAGCCUAAAAUUAGGCACUUAGAACUUCACCCCAAUGUGCGGAACGGGUCUGUUUAUAGACACCAGCUUUACUAACAGCAUCUGACAAUGUGCAAGUGGACAGGGUUGAAGAUCGAAGAAAAAAUGGAGGAAGAUAAAGGGAAAGUUGACUCCAGAGGGACUGGAAACCGUUUCCCCAUGUCCAGAAAUGGUUUUUCAUUUGAUCCCUGGCACAGCACCCCUGUAAAGAAGCAUACAGAUGAAGUCAGCAUGGCAAGACAGACUGCACGGAGUCCUCAGGCCCCUUCUAAUCACAUAUCAUCUCUGUCCAUCAUGCAGAGCUCUAAGACUUCAGCAUGCGAGUUGGAGAUCUCUACCAUCCAAAAACAGAGGAUGGAGCUGCAGCUCCUUAUAGCAGAGCUGAAGGACCGUGACCAGGAGUUGAACACUAUGGCUGCAGCCCACCACAGGCAGCUCCAGGCCUGGGAGCAGGACCGACAGAGAGUGCUGACUUUGGAGCAGCGGUGUGCUCGCCUUGAGGACGAGCUACAGAAGCGCAACGAGGUGAUCCGAGCCAUUAGCAAGCACGUAAAGAUUGUGGAGGCGCGUGAGAAGGACAGACACAGAGAGCUCAGCACUGCCCAGCAACAGCUGAAGGAACUGAGCCAGAAACAACAGCACAGCAGCAAACAGCGACAUGACCUGGAGGAGAAGAAUCAGAGUCUGAACUCGACCAUCAUGACUCUCUCGUCCCAGGUUGGCCAGCUCCAGGUUCAUGAGGAGGAGCUCAGUUCUAUGCUGAAACUGAAGGACAAAGACCUGAUGGAAGCCACCAGUCACAUUUUGGCUUUAACCGAUCGGCUGCGGGAGUCGGACACUUUACUGAGGGUGUCUCAGACACGUGAGGGCAUAAUGUUACAGGAAACAGAGAAAUACAAACGUCGCUUCAGAGAGGCCAGACAUGAAAAUGUUAAACUGAAAGAUGAGCUUCAGGAGAAGACUAUAGAGAACAACAGUCAGAGAGAAGAGCUCAUUCGGCUUAAACAAGAGAACCAGCUGCUCAGGAAAGAAUUGGCUCUGGCAGGUGAGGGUGAAAGCUGGAAGGAUGAGUUACUUGAAUUAGCCAGAUCAAAGCAAGAGCGCACCGAGUCUGAGCUUCUCUGCCUGCGACAGGUGUGUGAGAAGCAGCUGAAUGACCUGCAGUUCUUGAAGCUCAACCUAGAGAGCACCAGAGAGGCACUGAGACUGUAUGAAGGUCAAAGGUCAUUCAAGAGUCCAGGGGAUGUGACCUGCCUGUACGUGGAAUGCCCCACACCCUCACCACAAAGUAGGAGAAGCCCUGCCCCUGUAGAGGAUGCGGCAUUAAACAGCAUCGUCAGCACCAACCAGGAGGAGUACAACUCAUCCACGAGUCGUUUGCAGCGCUUGCUGGCAGAGUCGCAACAAAUGGUGGCUAGUCUGGAACGCUCUUCUGGAAAAUCUCUGAGCCCCACCCCGAGCCCCACCUCCCACUGUAACUCUGUUUGCAGCCUCUGUGUUAACCAUAAUAAUGGCAAUAGUCACAACCACUCCCAGUCCCCCAGAAAUAGCCAGGAAGAAAGGCAGAUUGAUGAUUCUCAGAUCCAGAAUGAUCAGCAAUUCCUGAGAACCAAGGAAUGUGGCCAAUAAGUCUUUUGGUCGACAUUAAAAACACCCUGACGUAGCCUCUGACAUCACAUGGACCUCACAAUGCGCUGUGGGAAAAUAUACAUGCAGCAUUCCUUAACACUGCCAAGCCAUUUCACUGCAC